UAUAUAUUAGUUUUUUUCCUGAAUUAAGUAAACCUCCGAAACCAGAUUUAGAAUUUAUGGAUGAGGAUGAAUUCUAUGAAUGGCUUCAUCAAAGAUUAUUAUUGGUUAUUGUUACAAAAGAUAUUCAAAUUGCAGCAGUGGCAAUUUAAUAAUGGUGUUUAAAAGGAUAUUGUAGUAUUUUUAAACUUUAAUACAUAGGAUAUUAGAAUCUGGAAUCCCAUUAGUUCAUUAAUUUUUAACAACAAUAGCUGGAUAAUAACUUAAAAAAAAUCCAAAAAUGGUUGAUGAAAUUAUCAAUCUAGUUCAGGAUGAUCAAGAAAAAUAAAAAUUGAUCACUUAAUUGCAAUAGACUUAACAAUAAUAAGUUAAUUUACAAGUAUCAGAUGUAAAAAUGUAAUUAAAAUUAGUCACCCAAAGUUUUAAAAGCUUAAACUGAUAAAAAAGACCCUAGUUUUUUCUAGAAUAUAUUAACAGCCUUAAGAUGCUGGGACAAAAAAUCAAAAUGA